UGUUGCGCACUGACAGGUGUCCUGACUGUACAGUGCUCUCAGUUUUACUGUGGUAAACAGGGUGGGGCACUGUAGCCAUUUACUGUUAGUAUGAAAAGGCAACUCCACCCCAGGGGAGAAAUAAAUUGUGAGCCUCCUUCCUUGUUCAGCAAAAAGGGAGACAGACACCUUCUCUCUUUGACUCAGGAAAUUCAGCACCAGCUCACAUAUUACAAAGUGACCAAAAUGUUAUUUUUUCUCUUGUUUGCUGGAUGUUUCUGUCUGUCUUCGGGACAAUCAGUUGCCCCGGACCCCUCCACAACUGCCCUGGACCCCUCCACAGUUGCCCCAGACCCCUCCACAACUACCACAGUUGGCCCAGACACCUUGACAACUACUCCAGAGCCCUCCACAACUGCUCCGGUGCCCUCCACACCUACCACAGUUGGCCCAGACACCUUGACAACUACUCCAGAGCCCUCCACAACUGCCCCGGUGCCUUCCACAACUGCCCCGGUGCCCUCCACACCUACCACAGUUGGCCCAGACACCUUGACAACUACUCCAGAGCCCUCCACAACUGCCCCGGUGCCCUCCACAACUGCCCCGGUGCCCUCCACACCUACCACAGUUGGCCCAGACACCUUGACAACUACUCCAGAGCCCUCCACAACUGCCCCGGUGCCCUCCACAACUGCCCCGGUGCCCUCCACACCUACCACAGUUGGCCCAGACACCUUGACAACUACUCCAGAGCCCUCCACAACUGCCCCGGUGCCCUCCACAACUGCCCCGGUGCCCUCCACACCUACCACAGUUGGCCCAGACACCUUGACAACUACUCCAGAGCCCUCCACAACUGCCCCGGUGCCCUCCACAACUGCCCCGGUGCCCUCCACACCUACCACAGUUGGCCCAGACACCUUGACAACUACUCCAGAGCCCUCCACAACUGCCCCGGUGCCCUCCACAACUGCCCCGGUGCCCUCCACACCUACCACAGUUGGCCCAGACACCUUGACAACUACUCCAGAGCCCUCCACAACUGCCCCGGUGCCUUCCACAACUGCCCCGGUGCCCUCCACACCUACCACAGUUGGCCCAGACACCUUGACAACUACUCCAGAGCCCUCCACAACUGCCCCGGUGCCCUCCACACCUACCACAGUUGGCCCAGACACCUUGACAACUACUCCAGAGCCCUCCACAACUGCCCCGGUGCCCUCCACACCUACCACAGUUGGCCCAGACACCUUGACAACUACUCCAGAGCCCUCCACAACUGCCCCGGUGCCCUCCACACCUACCACAGUUGGCCCAGACACCUUGACAACUACUCCAGAGCCCUCCACAACUGCCCCGGUGCCCUCCACACCUACCACAGUUGGCCCAGACACCUUGACAACUACUCCAGAGCCCUCCACAACUGCCCCGGUGCCCUCCACAACUGCCCCGGUGCCCUCCACACCUACCACAGUUGGCCCAGACACCUUGACAACUACUCCAGAGCCCUCCACAACUGCCCCGGAGCCCUCCACAACUGCCCCACACCCCUCCACACCUACCACAGUUGGCCCAGACACCUUGACAACUACUCCGAACGCCUUCACGCCAACAGGCCCCCCAUCUAGCCAGGUUGUGACAGGUUCUCCAGAUGCCACCAACACCACCACAACUCCCGCUACUGUUUCUGCCCCGUACGUGCUGACAGUUGAAGCUUCGAUCAUGAGCCUCGUUCUCCUCGAGCAGAACUCCGUCCAAGUCUUUCUGAAUGACGUGAACUCAGUGCUCCAGAAUUACCUGAACAGCCCUGUAAGCGUGAGAGUGAAAACCAUCCAAAACAAAACUUCUGCACGUUCCACUAGAUAGUCCAGAAAUAUAUCGCACUGCAAUUGUGCCACAGUCCUUUUCUUGCAAAUAAUUUGUAUGCAACUAUGUAGCCCAUGUCACGUGUCGUGUUUAUGUUGUUGGGGUUGUGCUUAAACUGCACAGUGCGAUAUGACAAUACUGUCUUCAUAUCUGGAUGUAGAUGAACAAAAGGGAAAACACACACACACACACACACACUUUCAGAACCGCUUGUCCCAUACGGGG